CUGGACAAAAUCAGCAGCAGCAGCAGCAGCAGCAUAAAGGAAAGCCUGUCAAAUUAUUGAGAGUAGGAAAAGAAAGUGAGAGAAAGAGAGAGCCGAUGGACUCGCAGAGACUGACAACUAUUGGAACGAGCAGUUUUUUUUCAACAAAGUCUUGGUCACAAGCCACGACUUAAUCUGUGCGUAAAACCGAUUUGUGAUGAGACGCUGACCAACACUGUUACAGUCAGACAUGUGUUACCGCUUCCUCAGUGCCAUCAGCUGUCUCUGCAUUCUUCAUACCGGUCUCUGGGCUGAAGAAUGCAGCCAGGGUGUUCUGGCAGAACGCGAGACAAUAUAUGCACCAGCAGGCAGCAGUCUGUCUCUGUCCUGUGUGGUCCAGCACUGUGGACGCACUUGGACGGGAAACUGGAUGCGUAGAAACUCAAGAGAGGACAAGUUAAUUGUGCGACAUCUUCUGACCAAUGUGACGCUCUCAGCAACUCAAACGCGACUAACUUUGAUUUUCCUGAGUGUCAGCCAAUUAGACGAAGAUUCCUAUGGAUGCAGAGUUAAAUGGGCUCAUGGUGACACUGAGCAUGGACAUUUGAAGUAUGUGAACGUCACUGCAGCCGUCCCUUCUCAGAGGAGUGUAUUGCACAGGGUUUUGGUCUGUGCCGGUGCUUCUCUUUGUCUUCCCAUCAUUCUGGGAUUGGCUCGUUGUCUGAGUUCAGAAGUCAAGCCCCAGCCAUUUCCGAGGACACUCUCCACGUACUCAGCUGUAUACAGAGACCAACCACAGCCGGCUCCACAGCCCCCGGCUCCACAGCCCCCACCUCGAUGCCCCAUACCUCAGAAACGUAGCAAAACCUCUCACAAAGACGUUCCCAAGUCCGUACAGAAGACUGAGGUGGUGUAUGCCGAUAUUUCCCAGGAUACACUGGGACAACAGGGAGCCACCAGAGAGCCUAACCAGUCCAUUGUGUACUCAUCUCUAAGAUUUUCCUGACUGCAAUCAAAGCAGGCAGAAAAUUGUCUGCUGGGGAUCAAUUAUGUAUUCUUUUCGCGGGAUUGUGCUUGAUCCUCGACGCCUUCGGGAGACAUUUGAUGUGAACGUUUUGGAAUCUGGGAGUUUCUCACACGCAGGACUGCAUCUCUGAGACAUUCUGAUGAAUGUGUCACUAUCAGCUCAUCCUUGAACUCAAAACGAUACCUGCACAUUGUGGAAAAUAAUUAAAGGAGAGGACAAAAUAAUCCGGCAGAGUAAUUUUGUCUCUCCAUGUCUGUGGACUGUCCUGAUUACAUUCGGAUGUGGUGACAGUUUUAAGUGCCAAAAUCGUUCAUGUGCAGGCAGCAUAAUGGACAGCAAAAAUGGAGCAGAUAAUGAGAAAAGAUUCCUCUCUGUGGCAUAAUUUCACUGAUACAAACACUUUCAUUGUUUUGAAAUGUAACUGCAGACAAGCAAAACAUUAAGUGCAGUCUGACCAAUUUAAAGUAUUUUUUUAUUGUCUAUAACAUCCAUCAAUGUGUUCAUGAACAUACCAUGUUAAAGUAUGGACAAACC